GAAGAUAAGAAAGACGACAUAGCUGUGCCACUGUAUGCACUCGCUGAUGAACUUUUUGAGCUUCAAGGGGUUUUCAACCUGCUUCGCCGUGCUCUGAUCUCGUUUGUGCAGACCUAUUAUGGAAAACCAAUAAACAGGCAACUCCGUGAGUGGGUGUCGUGGGUGUUUUCGGAGCCAAUGCAAGUGUACAUGUUGGAUGUGCUACGGGAGUCGAUAUGGCCUGGAGGCCAGCUUGCCCCUGAAUGGCCACAACGCUCGGAGCAGGAACAGCUUGCUGCUCGCAAGCAGGCCAAAUCGCUGCUGCUUGAAAACUUGCCACAUAUUCUUGAUGUAGUCGGGCAGCAAAAUGCACGCAAGGGUGCAGCCAAAGCAUUUGAUGUCUUCCAGAAUGUUCGUUUAAACAAGCAGCUUUUUUAUGACUUGUUGGAAGCAUUUUUGCUGGAGUUUGCCCCAGAGCUAAAGCCUCACUCAUGACGCGAGGCUCGUAUGCAGCAACCUGCAAGACUGCCGACAAAAGGCCCACGCAUUUCUAGUCUUUUUGUUCAUAGUAAGCUAGGCCUUCUUCUAGAAAAAGAAUGAUAUAUAGGACACAGAUUUUAGUAGUGAGAGCACAGAUUCCUAGUUCUGUUUACCCCUAUUCAACACUCGCUACUUUUGGUACUUUGCAUCUCUUAACUAUUGCCCAAAAUUAGUGUUGUUAACUGAAACCGCACCUUUUAAAAACUGGCUAGAUAACUUGACAUAUAUUUGCUGUAAUAAAGUCACACUGGUUGUAG